AUGUCAACAAGGAAUUGUUUGGACGAUGUUGUUGUGCCUGCAGAGAUGCUCAAUCAACUCCAAUCAAUCAUCGCAAUGUUCCAGGGAACCCAACGAACCCCAUCAGCUCCACCUGAUGACCUUAUUAAUCCAACCUCACCCCUUCCUGACAUCGUUGAUCCGGAUCCCAAUCAUACAGACAAACCUCCGAUUCCACUAGAUCUUGGGAAUCUUGGCAGUGCUAAUGAAGAUUCAGGUACAGCUGGGUCAUAUUGA